AUGGCUCUCGCCCUUCUGAUCGCGUUAUCUUUUAGGGAGCAGCUGGCCACAUUUGAGAAACAGGCGGAACAUCCCACACGCGCCAAACGGCAAAUAGCGUCAUAUGCUCGUCGCUGGACAAACAACAAAGUUUAUUAUUAUUUCGACACAAAUAUAACUGCAGCUCAUCGUGCCUUCGUCAAAAAAGAGCUGAACUACGUUCAAGCUCGUACAUGUCUUGUCUUCAUCGAAAAUGCCACAGCAAAAAAUCGUAUAAAAGUUUUCUACGGGUCUGGUUGUUGGUCCUACGUUGGAAUGCUCAGUGCUGAACAAGAGUUAUCCUUGGCCAGUGGCUGUAUGUCCGUAGGAAUUGUAACGCAUGAAUUCAUGCACGCUCUCGGAUCCAUGCACAUGCACAUGCGAGAUGACAGAGACACAUACCUUAAUGUCAACAUGACGGCCAUGUCGGAUAGUGACCGCAACAACUACGUCAAGGCAACGGAAUCAAUCAACAACACGCCAUACGAGUACGCUAGCCGUAUGCAGUACGCCAGCAACAUCUACAUGACUGCAAAGCAAGCGAGGUACCAGCGUACAAUGGGUUCAAGAACAGUAUCGUUCUACGAUAUCUUGAUGAUCAAUAGGUUCUACCAGUGUUUCGCUGCUUGCGCCGGUAAAGGAGUCACGGGCAAAUGCAAGAACAAGGGGGUUCCAAAUCCGAAGAAUUGCAAUGUAUGCAUUUGCCCGUAUGGAUACGGUGGAGCUCUUUGUAAUCAACGACCAGCAGCGUGCGGUGGAACGUUGGCAGCCGCUACGACAUGGAAGGCGAGAAAUGUCACUAUUGGAAAUGCUACAGUAACCACUAUGCGUGACACCUACACAGUCUGCAGUGACUGGAUUUCGGCUCCCGCAGGUAAAACGAUCCAAGAUUCAAGUGACAGCUCUGAACGGUGUUACAUGCAACAGUGGCUGCCCGUACAACUCAAUUGA